AUGGAAGGAGUGCCCAAAGAGUUGAAUGCCCGAAAAGAUGAUCAGAGCGGGAAGAAGUCGACCCCUGCGAAGUCUAACGAUGAUGCUGCGCCUGUAAAUGGAAAGGGGGCAGGUAAAGGCAGCAGCAGCAGCACCUGCAACAGCGCCGGAGCCACCGCGACCACUGGGACAAGUAGUGGGGGUGCCAGUGGUUACCUAUUCAAUUGGAUAGAUCGAUUUAAUAGCCUUAAAAAGGUUGAGAAGAAGGUGGAAGAAGAACAAAGUGGUAAUGUGAAAGAGCCAAAUAAGAGUAAUGGUACCGACGAAAAAGGAGACAUGAAAAAAGGACUGAACAAUGCGAGUGGUGAUGGUGAUGCACAGAAGGGGCAAGAUGCGGAUCUCGUCGUUAAGAGUGACAAAGGCAGUGGUAAAAAGGGCCAAGAGAAAGCGCCCGAGAAAGGGGUGAAAGGAGGAGAAGAAGAAAACCGCAGCAAGGAAAGUGGAGAAAACGCCGUAGGUGUGGAGGCCAGCUGCGAUAAAAGAAACCCCCAGGAUAAGAUCGACGAGGGAGCAAGUGAAUCCGUUUCUUGUGACAAUGGAAAGAAAGCAAAUAUGAAGGGAGCUCGAGAGAACAAGGAAAAGCCAACGAAUGCUUCGGACUCUGUGAAGGAAGGAGAUGCUGAUACGAGCAACGAUAGUGUAAGCAACAAGGCGAAGAGUGGCGGCCCAUCCGAUCGCGGCAUCUCAGAUCGUAUUCUCUCCGACCGUGAAAGUGGAAACUGCAAUGAGGACCCCUUGAUUAAAAGUUUAUGUGAUAAGGAGCUGGCCAAGGUACAAGAACUAAUUAAACAAAUAAAAAAAAAUGAAGAGCUGUACAAUGACGAGCUAAACGGAGAUCUGUUCUUCCUCUACGACGAGCUGUAUCACACGCUCCUGGACCGCCUAGAGUCUGCAAACCUGAAAAAUAAAGACAUGAAGAAACUCAUAAAAAGGGAGAUGGAAAAGUUUAAGGAAAAUCACAGCAUUGUGUCGGACUACCUUAGGGGUUGCGAACACGAAGUGAAAGCGAUGCUGGUGAGUUGUGGCGGUGAUGCUGAACAGGCUGCUGAAAAAUCGGACGAAAAAUCUGGUGAAAAAUUGGACGACAAAUCAGCUGAACAGUCAGGUGAAAAAUCGGGUGAAAAAUCAGGUGAAGAGUCCCGGCAGCAGUCGGCGAAGAGCCAGCAGACACCCCCCCGGCAGCUCGACGAGGGAAUGCUGAGUCAAGUCAAAAAGUCCUUUCACCAAUAUCUAGAGCAAAAAUUGAAGGACGAUUAUUAUGAUCACAGCGCGUUGGAAGAGAAUUUGCUACACAACAGAAAUCUGAGCUUGCUCUUCCUUCUCUUUUGUCAGAAACACAUUAUCCAUUUUGUGCAGGAGGUAUUUUCCACCAUGUGCAUAAUUGUUGAGGAAGGUGAAAAGUGCAAGACUCAAAUGAGCUCCCUGUUGAAAAGACUCAACUGUAUGAAUCUCAUUUUACAUUUCCUAAUCACGACGAAUGAGCGGAACGGUGGUGUGGAAAACAGUGCUGUACAUACAGGCGGCACCACUACUGCGUACAUGCAAGGAUUGCACAACGACAUGAUGAUGUGUGUAAACGGAGUAACAACACAGGUGCGAAUGGAUUUGGUAGAGAACAAGGAUUACAUGGAUGUCAAGCGGGAGACAGAGGAAUUGGGUGAAAAUGACGAUCAGAAUAACCACCUACACCCAGAGCUACAUUUGCAUCACCAGGAACUGGCGAACAAAACAAAUUUCAGCGCAUUAAGCAAUGGGAGCAACAAAACCAGCAAAAUUAAUAAGCUUACCUUAAACAAGAAGACCUUCAACUACUUCCGAAAGGACAUGAACGAAACACAAGUCAGUCUGUCCACAUGCUUAACGGAUACAUCUGUUGUUGAUAAGAAGGUGCGUGAUAAAAAUGGAAAGAAGAAAGUUAUGAGUAAUGAAAAUGGUAGCAGCAGUGUAGUGGCCCCAAGCAGCGAUAAGGGAGUGGGAGGCGUGCCUUCCCCUAAGAAGACACCUUAUGAAAACACAGGCAGUGGUAGCGUCAGUGGAAGUGGAAAAAAUGCACAAGGGAAUGGCGUGACGAAUGAUUAUUUCAGCGACAUGAUGGUUUACAUUUCGUGGGUCCCCAAAAGUGCCCGGUGCCAGUACCCAUUGGAGUUACCAAAAAACUCAGCAGAGAGAAAUAAGCUAGCUGAAUACAUAGAAGCAAAGGAACAAAUGCUUUACAUUCUCAAACUCAUGGGAUAUGAAGAAAUUGAUAAUAUAUAUUUUCACCCCCCAAAAGGAUCUCAUAUCAAAAUAAAGUUUAAAACUUUAGCCUGUAUGAACAAAUUUUUAAAGGCGUAUAAAAAUACCCCUGAUAAAUGGAAAGAGGAUAUGUUCAAUUUUUUCAACAUCCCUUUGAGAAGCAGCAUAUCCGUGAGGGACCUUCGAAUUGAAAGAGCUGUCCCCAGAUCCUCAGCUGCAGAGUUUAAGAAAAUAAAAAAAAUGAAUAAAAAUUAUCAGGACUUGUUUUUAUUCAAGGAUAAUUAUAAUCUUUGUGAGGAUGGUAAUAGCAGCACUUCCAAGAUGGAAAAAGUGAACCUACAUUACGAUGCCUUUAAUAAGCACAUCAUUGUACAUAAUAAGGGUGCAGGUAAUGCAGCUGCUGCUACUGGUUCUGGUUCUGCUUCUGCUUCCCUUGGUGUUGUUCCUCCCACUGUAGCAGGUGCGGUGGUAGUAACGGAUGAUCACGAACACCACCACAAUGGAGCAAGCACCCAUGUUAGCCUGAAAAAAAAUGUUGAUCAGAGAAAAAGUAUUUCCAAGAUGAAGGGCAUUAUUGGAUCAAUGGGUGGUGACCUUAACUCUGGGGUUAUGCACGGCAUAGGUGGAACUCGAUCUCCCCUCGACGACCUGCACAAUGCAAAUAUGGCUUUGGGUAUGGACGCUGCUAGUACCGCUUCGUAUGGAGGCCUGGGCAGUUUUGGCGCUUUUGGAGGCGGAAUUUCUAGCCCCAUUUCCAGCGGCAUGACGAACAUUAUUGGGGGGGGUGUCGGCACCAGUAGUAGCCACCUGAACGGCGCGGGCAAUGGCAUGAGCAGUGGCAUCCAUGCACACCACCCCUUCUCAGCACACAACAACACCAGUACCACCACCACCACGGCCACCGCAGUGAUGAUGCCUAAUGGAAUGCUCAACAAGGUUAGCGGCAGUAGCGGCAACUCGCUGCACGGAGUUUAUAUGGGUGGUAAAAGUGGAGCGAAUAAUAUCAGAGAUGAAGGAAGAACCUUCCUAGCAGGUACCCAGAUGGGAAGUGGUGUGGUCAGUGGGGUUAGCGGUAUGGGAAGUAGCAUGGGAAGUAGCAUGGGAAGCAGCAUCAGUGGGCACUACGGCAGUCACAUGGGAAGUCAUUUAGGAAGUCACUUAGGAACGCAUUUAGGCACCCACUUAGGAAGCCACCUCAACAGCGACACCUUCAACCACUGCUCGAGCGGCAGGAUGCACAGCGGCUGCCUCAGUAACAAAGGAGGAACCGGAAAACCGAAUUACCCCAUUAACCAUAAUAACACCAUGUGUACGUCCAGGAGCUCCUCGAAAAAUUUGUACCUCAUGAAGAGCGCCAAGAACGUGAACAGCAAAGGUAGUUGCAUGGGAUUGGGUAGCGGUGCGGCUGGAGGAGUAGGAGGGUCAGGAUCCUUUCUGUCCACCUCUAAGUUCCUCGGUAGUGGCAAUAGCAGCAACAAUAACGGCAUGCAUGCACUAAACAAGGAUUUCCUCACCAAUGGAAGUUACACUUUAAAGAAGCAGACCCACUAUGCAUCCUUCUCAAAUAACUCCAACGGAAAUAUGAACUCUCUGAGUGACCAUAUGUAUGCCUUCAAUAGUAGCGGGGGAAGUACGACCAACAUGAAUGGAUUAAACGGGUCUAAUAAUGCAAAUCGUAUGAACGGAUUAAGCGACGUUAACGGUGUACACACAAUAAAUGGAGGCGUCAUUGGUAGCAGCGGCAUAGGUAGCCACAAUUAUGGAAGCAGCAAUAUCCGCGUUAAUACCAUUAACAAUAACACACAGCUGAGCAACAACAACAGUAAUAAUAAUUCUACUAGAGGGACACAAAACGAGACCACCAGUUUGAAUCACUUCUCCACCAGUGCAGCACACCUGGACGCGGCGACACUGACUAAGGAAAAAAAUUAUUUGCGUGGGUUUAAAAAUUGCUACAUGGGUAGCUUUGGAGGAGGAAGCGCUUAUUCAGAGAACAACCUAAACAACAGCUGUACCAAUAGUUGUAGUAACAGUCACGGGUUGAUUGGAUGCUCUCAUGGAAGAGUCGGCGGGGCAGAGUCGUCUUUGAAGUCUCACAAUGUAAGUUGCAACGACAGUGGAAGUGCUAGUGGUGGUAAUUGUCCUAGUAAUAAAUACGGAUCCGAUGUAGCUAACCAAAAGUAUGGAACCCAAAAUGAUGAUAUGAAAGAAGAUUUUAAAAAUUUGAUCAACAUAGAUUUUAUUAAUGACAUUGAUAUGGACUUUGACGAGAAGAACAAUGAUCAUAUGUCCGUGCACAAUGCCAGUGACCACAACAAUGGAAAUGUGUACAAAGGGUUCCACCACCUUCAUAAUAGGAGCACGAAUAAUGGCAAGCAGUUCAACGCGUUAGGCAGUUGCAUGAGCGAAGGACUCCUGAGCGGCAGCGCCACGUGUGUGGGAAACUGCCUGGGAGAAACGUGUGUAGGCAGCUGCAACGGAAGCAACAGCAUAAAGGCGCGCGACUUUGACAAGUUCGAAAAAUUUGACAAGUUUGAAAGCUACGACAAAUUUGAGAGCUAUGAUAAGUUUGACAAAUUUGACAAGUUUGACAAAUUUGAGACGUAUGAUAAGUUUGACAAGUUUGACAAAUUUGAGACGUAUGAUAAGCUCCCCUUUGAGAACAUGAACCACGAACCCAGUUACCGCAUGAACGGAGAGGAAGAUGAGGAGGGCGAAGAGGUGGAUGCAGAUGCAGAGGCACAAGAUGUAGAUCACUUCAACGACGAAAUGAACCUCAGCGGAAACCAGUUUGCCCACUCCAAUGCCACUCUAAGUAACAAGAAUAAAAUUGCAAGUGCCUGUGGAGUCACUGUUGAUGAUCAUCGCACUGGGAUGAUCUUGUCUGAAGGUUUCAACAACAAGUACUUCUGUGAAGACAAUCCAAAAAGUUUAUACAAUUAUUAUAAUAGUCCUAGCGGAGGUGGUAGUAUAGGAGGAGGAAUGCUUGCUCACACUACCUCCACAGCCACCACUGGCAAUAAGAGUAGUUUGCACGUGAAUUUAAGCACAAGUGGAAACAGCGCACAUAAUGGGAGCUCAGCAAUGUUGGGGGAAGCUACCUUGAGUAAUAAUAAUUAUAGUGGAGUUAUGGAGCCAUCAGAGAAUGGCAUAGUUACUUCUUCUGCAGCAAAUGGAUUAGCCAAUUCCUCUGGUAACUCUACCACCAACUCAGUUGGCAACAACGCCUUGACGAACACCGGCUCUUCCCUUUACCGAAACACCUUGACCCCUAAAUUGUACAUUGAUGCCAUCCCCGUGAACAAUACCUUUGGAAAAUAUGAUGAGGGAAAUUUUUGUGACGUAAAGAAGGAAGACAAGAUGAGAGCAGCAGGAGCAGCAGCAGCAGCUGCUGGAGUAGGUGAUUAUGAUUUAAAAAUGAGCGAAGAGGAUGCAAAUAAAGGCUUUUUAAGUUACUCCUUUCAAUCAUCACGUGUCGACAAUGAGCAAAGUUUUUCAGACAGUUACGUUAACUUCUUUUGA